CAGAGAGCGAUGCUGCUUUAACGUCCACCAUUUCAGCCCAGAAGUUUUGUAAUUUGUUUAUCCACAGAUUGAUGAGCAUAAUUUUUUUUCAUUAGAUGACGGUUUGAAGUCCGGGCCAGCUUGUUAAACUCAGUGGCAGUCUGUCAAGAAGCUGAACUUCCCGGACAGUCACCCGCUUGUUUUGGAGGAUUUGAGUGGGAGCUGUCCCGUUAGCGGUGGGCUGAUAUCACUCAAGGACAACCUGAGCUAAUGUCAGGUGUUGCAAACGGCUUAGUAACCCGUGAGAAGAGGAGAAGCGCACCUGUCGGACGGUCAUGACUCAUGUGUUCCCGAUAGUUAACAUGUCGAAACAGCCGGCUUUCCCGAUCCAACCGCAGCCAAACCUGAACUCCGCUGCUUUCCCUCAGUGUUUUGUGAAACCUUUUAACAAUCCUCUUCAAAUCAAGAGAACUGUAAUAACAGACGAUUACAGUGUAACGAGUCAGGUGCUCGGGAUGGGGAUAAAUGGCAGAGUGUUGGAAGUAUUUCACAAAGAGAGUGGAGAAAAGUAUGCACUGAAGAUGCUACAGGAUUGUCCAGAGGCCCGGCGGGAGGUGGACCUCCACUGGAGGGUGUCAACUUGCCCCUACAUUGUAUCCAUCAUAGAUGUUUAUGAGAAUCUUUACCAGGGCAGGAAGUGCCUCCUCAUCCUGAUGGAGUGCAUGGAUGGAGGUGAAUUAUUCAGUCAUAUCCAAGACAGAGGGAAUCACGCGUUUACAGAAAGAGAGGCCUCUGACAUCAUGAAAAGUAUCGGAGAAGCGAUACAUUUCUUGCAUUCCAUCAACAUUGCUCAUAGAGACAUCAAGCCAGAGAACCUGUUGUACACCUCCAAAAGACCCGAUGCCCUCCUCAAGCUGACAGAUUUUGGGUUUGCCAAAGAAAUCACCACCUUAAACUCUCUAGCAACACCGUGUUUUACCCCCUACUAUGUCGCUCCAGAAGUUCUUGGUCCAGAGAAGUACGACAGAUCCUGCGACAUGUGGUCUCUGGGUGUCAUUAUGUAUAUUUUACUUUGUGGAUAUCCUCCGUUUUUCUCACAUCAUGGUCUGGCAAUAUCCCCAGGAAUGAAAAGGCGGAUCCGCAAUGGACAAUAUGAGUUCCCUAACCCAGAGUGGUGCGACGUGUCUGAGGAAGCAAAACAGCUGAUCUGCCACUUACUGAAAACUGAGCCUACCCAGAGAAUGAGCAUCACCGAGUUCAUAAACCAUCCCUGGAUUAAUCAAUCAGUGGAGGUCCCACAAACGCCUCUUCACACAAGCCGCGUGUUGCAUGAGGAACAAGACGUCUGGGAGCAAGUUAAGGAGGAAAUGACAAAUGCACUGCAAACGAUGAGAGUGGACUAUGAUCAAAUUAAAAUCAAAACCAUUGAAGACUCAACUAAUCCUCUACUCUUGAAGAGAAGGAAGAAAAGUAAAAAGUCAGCCACACAACUUCCAGGCUCGUAAAAUCGAGACUUUUUAAGAGGUAUUCAGUUUCACACAAACACUUACACACAUGAGUAAGAUUUAGUUGGAAAAAAAGCUUUCAAGAAGAGCUUUAGGGAUGAUGUGCAUUGCCAAGUGGCUUUAAAAUAAUACCUUUAUAGUGAGUUUUAGCUGUUUUAAUUUAUUUUUGUUCACCUCGAAUUAUUUUAUUUUCACAGAUGAAAUGCAUCUAGGCAUUUUGGUCCAUGUGCUUCAAGGACUUUUGAACUCUUUGAAUGCACUGAAAAGUAUUCUGUGUGUGCAAUUAUCUGUAAAUCCUCUCACUGGGGGACACAAAAGGUACUGUAUGUUUUCUAUGGUAGGACAGUUUUAUCAUGUACAUUUUUUAGUUAGCUUUAUGGCGUCAACUCAGUUUUUAGAUUGUUGUCUGUCUCAGUGUUGAAACCAUUAUGACUGACAUUUUAUGUCUUAAGGGGCUUGUUGAGAGAUAUUUUGCAAGCAUCAUUCAUAGUUGUUUUUUGAAUGACGAUUACCAGAAACCACAAUGUUUGUUUUGUAUCCAGAUGUGAUGGCUGAAGCAUUUGUCCUGACCACAGAGUAGGAGUUUUCUGGCCACGUUGCAGUUUUGCAGUUACUAAAAGGUAUUUAUCAUGUGUAACAAUAAUCAAGCUCACUAUGCUCACAAGACGGACGAUAACUGAAGCAGAUUGAUGAUACUGUGCCGCCAACUGGUCUCUACAUACUUCUAUAGAAUGUAUUUUCUUCAAAGCUGUGAUAUAAAAGUUGUUGCAUGAUGUCUGUUGUGUGAGGCAUGGGGAGAAAAUGGGACGGUAAACUUUUACAUGUAAAUGAAAUGUAGUGGUAAAUGUUGCACAACA